GGGGAGUUGCCACAGUUGGCAGCCCGGAGCCACUGGGGACGCUUCUGUGCUGGCUUCCCGGAGCUGAGGGUGGGACCUAGAGUGCAGCCUGAGGCCGGGGUCCCCCUGAUGGCCACAGCCAGGCCUCCCGGGCGCGGCUGCGGAGUCCUGCCCCGGUGGCUGCUCGGUGCUGCCCUGCUGCUGGGCCUGCGGCUCUGCAUGGAGUUGUACCGUGCGGGUUCCGGACUCCCGGGUCUCCGCGUUCCCCCGGAGCUGCCCCGGCCGCACCUGCUGCCAGCACCCGACCCUCCGCGUGGCUCCAGAAGGAGGCAGGUGACCUACGUGCGCAGCGGGCGCCGAGCACUGCCCCGGAGUGGCGGGAGCACGACGCCUGAGCCGAGCUGUUGCGCCCCACGCGGGCUUUCCCGCAGGAAGCAGAUAUGUGGCCUUGGUGACAUCCCUAAUUUGACAUUUGAACCCCCAUUGUGUACGCUGAUACUGUAUAGCAUCUGGAUUAUGCAAACUAAUGGAGACCUCUGGCUCCCUCUGGAUCUAUUCCAGGGUCCCCGGUGGCACAUAGAGCUUCAGCCUUGGGCAGGCCCUGCUCAGUCCCUGGAUGAAGAAGCCUCAAGGUUCCUGAGCUACAUCAGCACCACUCAGAUUGCAUGCAAUCACAUGGGUACAGACAGCUUGGCUACUGACUCCAGCCCCGCAACGAAGCCCUGGCUGGUGUGUCUUGAUGACAGGUUUGGCUUAGCUCAUCAAAUCCGCAGCAAGCGGUGCCGCCUCUACUCCUUAGGGCUGGGGAAUGACGACACAGACUUUGAGGUGAGCAUGGCCAACGAUGGGUGUGAGGUGCAUCGUUUUGAUCCUAGUGUCAAAUCAGCACACGUUCUGGAGAGCCAGCGCCUCUGGCAUCACCGUUUGUCCAUCGACUGGCGGGAUCCACAUCCAGCUGUGGCUGCUCAAAAGCCACGUAGCAACACCAGAAAACUGGGAAGCAUUUUGAAUGAAUUUGGUCAUCACAAGAUUGACGUUCUCAAGGCAGAUCUGGAAAGUGCAGAAUGGAAAGUUCUAGAAAAUCUUAUUCUGGAAGAUGUCGUUGAGCAGAUCGGCCAGCUCAUCUUUGAGAUUCAUCUCCACUGGCCCGGCUUUGAGGUCAGUGGCAGUGAGAGCAGUGUGGUGAGGUUUUGGUACAGCCUCCUGAAGGAGUUGGAGCAGAAGGACUUCCGGCUUUUCUACACCUAUAAGGACUUAUCGAAGCCUCAGCUCUUCCUGAAGAAGGAUAUUCUCAAUGCCAGCAGCUGUUAUACGCUGAGCUGGGUGAACACAAGGUGGAAGUAGCUGCAAUACAAGGCAGUGUUUGCAGAUAGCGGCGUCCGUGCUUCCGGUCACGGAGCUAGGUGUCUAGCUUCCACUAGCGUGUUACCUGCGCGGGGCAGGGACCAUGUUACGGUCUCUGCAGUACAUGAAGCCUUGAGCUUGACAACACCAGCAGCAGGAAGAACACUUCUGCUUCCCCAGACUGAGACUUUUCUGUUUUGUCUUUGACAGAUUGAGGGUGUGUCCUCUUCACUCUCACUUGGAGGGUAGAAAUAUCCCGCCUGCGCUGGUUUCUGCUUUCCUUAAAAUUCAUUAUGUGUCUAUA